AUGUUCGGGUCCAGGGAGGUGCUCCUCCUCGACCGGCCGUUCAAGUGCGCGGGCUGCUGCUGCACGUGCCACGAGUGCUGCCAGCAGACGCUGGACGUCGCGGCCCUCGACCCGGCCCUCAAGAUCGCGACGGUCCGGCAGCCGCUCCUCGGCGGCGGCCUCGCGCCGUCCCUCGACGUCAUGGACCGCGAGGGCAACGCGCUCGCGUCCAUCUCGGGGCCGACCUGCUGCGUCGGCGGCGCCUGCUUCGACACCACGUUCACGGUCUGGUCGCCGGAGGGGCUGCCCAUCGGCAAGGUCACGAAGGAGGGCGCGCGCGACUUCGGCGAGCUCGUCCAGCAGUCGCUCACGGACGCGGACAACUUCGUCCUGAAUUUCCCCAAGGACACGGACAAGAAGACGAAGGCGGCCAUGCUCUCGUCGCUGCUGCUGCUAGACUACAUGUUCUUCGAGGACGAGGGCGCGCUCGCGUGCGACCCUGUCAACUGCGCAUGCAAGUUCAAAUGCUGCGACCUCUACUGCUGCGGCUGCCUGACGCCCUGCUCCUGCUCCUGCGGCGAGCCCGCGCCGCCGCCGCCCGCGACGGGACUGUAA